AUGAAACGCAAGUUGGACGCCAAUGAUGUUCCAUCCCCCAAAGCUGCUAAGGCGGAGGAACAGGACCUCGACUUUGAAGCACUCAACCUCGACCCUCGACUGCGCCAGGCCCUGAUCAAGGAAAAGUUCACCAAGCCCACUCUUGUACAAUCGAAGGCGAUUCCAUUGGCUCUAGAAGGAAAGGAUAUUCUGGCCCGUGCGAAAACUGGCUCUGGUAAAACCGCCGCUUAUGUACUUCCCAUCUUGCAAGCCAUCCUCCAACAGAAGAUUGUUCAGACUCAAAAGGCCGAUCCGUCCUCAAAAGCGACAACCGCUCUUAUCCUCGUCCCCACCCGCGAGCUUGCAGAACAAGUCCAGAAAGUCAUUGCAUCUUUCUCUAGCUUCUGUGGAAAGGACAUUCGGUCAUUCAACCUCACACAGAAGGUUUCUGAUGAAGUCCAGCGUUCGAUGCUGGCUGAUUUCCCCGAUAUUGUUGUGUCAACUCCCACCCGCGUUUACAGCAAUGUCAACAACUCCGCUCUUUCUCUCGACAAGAUCACUCAUUUGGUCAUUGACGAGGCAGACUUGGUUUUGUCAUAUGGCUACGAUGAGGAAAUCAACGCUCUUUCCAAGGCCAUUCCCCGGGGAGCGCAGACAUUUUUGAUGAGUGCCACGCUCACAUCAGAGGUGGAUACAUUGAAGGACCUAUACUGUCGUAACCCUGUGAUUCUCAAACUAGAGGAGAAGGAGGAGAAGGGUGCUGGUGUGAGCCAGUUCGUCGUCCGAUGCGCGGAAGACGAGAAGUUCCUUCUCACAUAUGUUAUCUUCAAGUUGCAGCUUAUCAAGGGCAAGGUCAUUAUUUUCGUCGCAGAUGUCGACCGUUGCUACCGCGUCAAGCUUUUCCUCGAACAAUUCGGUCUUAAGAGCUGUGUCCUCAACUCGGAGCUUCCCAUCAACUCUCGGAUCCAUGUUGUCGAAGAGUUUAACAAGGGUGUCUACGAUAUUAUUGUUGCAGCCGAUGAGCAAGAAGUAAUGGGUACCAAGACAAAGAAGGUGCGCGAGGUAAAAGAGGUGGAAGAAGCGGAAACCAAGGAAGAAAUGGGAGAUAGCGAGAAUGAAGAGGCACAGGAGGAGAGCGGAAACGGCAAGAAGCCCGAGACCCAGAAGCGUCGCAAGAUGAGCGGCAAAGAAAAGGAUUACAGCAUUGCCCGCGGCAUCGACUUCCAAGAUGUCGCAUGUGUUCUCAACUUCGAUCUCCCCACAACCUCAAAAUCCUACACCCACCGCAUCGGACGUACCGGCCGUGCCGGAAAGGCCGGCAUGGCCCUCUCCUUCGUGGUUCCCGCCGAUCAGCACGGCAAGCACCGACCCACCUCAAUUCCCAGCACCAAGCACGACGAGAGCAUGCUCGCCAAAAUUACCAAGCGUCAAGCCAAGCUUGGCCACGAGGUCAAGCCCUAUCACUUCGAGAUGGCCCAAGUCGAUGCAUUCCGGUACCGUAUGACCGAUGCUCUGCGAGCCGUGACCAGACUGGCAGUGCAAGAAGCACGCGGACGCGAGAUCCGACAGGAACUGAUUAAGAGUGAGAAGCUCAAGCGCCACUUCGAGGAUAACCCGGAAGAAUUGCGCCAGCUACGCCACGAUGGUGAAUUGCGAUCUGCGCGUGUCCAGGCCCAUCUUAAGCAUGUUCCUGAUUAUCUGAUGCCUGCUAAGGGACGGAAGGGAAUCUCCAAGGAGAAUGUUGGAUACGUUGGUUUCUCAAAGUCCAAGCAGAACCGCAUUCGCAAGGCCAGAGAUCGCAACCGUGCUCGUGGCAAGUCUGGCGGUAAGGUUGACCCCCUGAAGACGUUUAAUCGGUCGAAGAAAUAG